AAACGCACCCAUACAGAAGUGCGGACCCCCAUCAGCAACCCCACCGUCGACGUCGGAGCAACGGCGCUCGGUAGCGUCGCAACCCCACUUCUCUGCGAAAUCGACUUGCCGCUCGUGUGUCGGCGCGUCGCGUCGCAUCGCGGACGCGCAAAACAGCCUGGUGUUGGUGUGGGUGGAGUAGAAAUUGCGAGGGCGUGCCUGGAAGGCGGAGCUCGAGACUAAAAUCCUGCUGUGUAUCGAACGUCCGUGUGGAUGUUCUCCCUCUCUGUGUGGACGCCGGCAGUGUGAGCGUCGUGUUCGUGUGGAUCUCUCCGUCUCACUCUUGCCCCGAGAGCGACGCUCUCCGGCCGUCAUCGCAUGAGAGUCCCUCCACUAUCAGACCCGUUAACAGCAGUCGACGUCGAGGCACCCGCUCUAACGGCUAACGUCUCUCACAUCCCCGGGCUUGAGCCGGUGCUGGCCGUUCCCGAGCUGUCCUGUCCGGCCGAUGGACCGCGAGGAAAUCAGUGUCGCUGAUAAUCGGAAGGCCCUUUUGCGCGCGACACGUAUUCACCGUCGCCGCCAAGUCGGCCAGAGCUGUCCUACGUCGAUCUGUCCAGCAGCAGCAGGUGUUGACGAAUCGUGAUCAGCAGGCUGCUUCGAGUGUCUUCCUGACUGUGCCCGCGGAGGAACUUGGAGUGCUUGUGCUGAGUACGCCGCUUCGAGGUCGACCGACGCCUCCUGGAAGGAUGAAGUCUGCGAACAGAUGGUUUCACAUCGGACCCGCUUCAUCGCUUGUGCAUAUUGCCGCUUGAGACGAGAGCCGUAUUCUCGAAGAACCACCCUCCGCCAUAGACCGUCUCUCUAACUAAGCUCGCUGCUGUCCUGUCGAAAAUCGCGUAAGAUCCACGGGGAAUCCAGGAAGACCGGACUGCACCUCCAGAGGGCUUCCGUUCAAGCGUAGGGAGUCGUAGGAUUGCGGAAAAAAUCGUGCACGUCGGUUUAUUGUUGAGGAAACGUAAAGACCGUAAGCGUGGUGCUGAGGAACGUGGAGGAGGAUGCGAAUGUCGUGUGCAGUGACGCGGAAGUUGUAAGAGGGUGAACAGACUCGAGGUCCAGGAUGAUGGAAGUGCAGCAACAACACUCGCCUGUCGGGGUGGGUCCGCUGGACUUCUCGAGACGGGGGGUGGCCGAGGCGUCAGCGUUUCGGGUUGUCAAGCCCAAACAGCCGGCUUCGUCGCUCGUGCACCAGCAGCCGUUGCCGCCGGAAACCAACAACAAUGAGAAUCUUCAAGAGAAUCCGCAGAUACCCAUCGACGCUGAGGGCGGCUGCAAUGUUCGUUUAAUGUUUCCGAGACUGUGGGCACCUUUCGGGAAUACCACGGAAGUCACAAACUUGCCGCCUUUACCAAAGAGUCACUCAGAACGUCUGUCCUUCGGAGUGGGUCGCCUGGUGGGCUCGCCGGCGACGAGGAGUCCCUCGCCGUCGCAGUCUCCGUGCCCGGACUCGCCGCCGUCCGACCGCCGAGACGCCGAGGUAGACGUUGACGUCGAGGAGGAAGUGGACGUAGACGUCGAGGAGGUCGGCGACGAGGACGAUCACGAGGACACCUCGAGUCCACCGCGAUCGUCGUCCACCCCGUCUCCGCCGCCCGUGAGCGUCGCGACGUCGCCCGUGUCGCACCCCCCGAAGAGAUCCGGCGACAGCUUCAGCGUAUCGGCUCUCCUCAGGCCGGAUCCACCCUCUGCUCACGUCCAGAAUGCGUCUCCGCACAGAGAGACCACCGCGAUCGGCGCUCAUCCGCCGCCACCCGGCUCGUCCAUCCUCUACCCGCCGCUGCACCUCCAGAGCGGGCUCCUGCCCCCUCACCCGCAUCACCCCCUCUCGUACCUGCACCCCCAGCUGCUGCCGCAUCAUCUUCUACCGCCGCACCUGCUGCUGCGCGGCGUUCAUCCGGCUCACCCGGGACUGCACUCGACCCACACGGCGCACGGGCUGCACCAUCCCCAUCCGCUCGGCGACGUUUACAGCUGUGUCAAGUGCGACAAGAUGUUCAGCACGCCGCAUGGCCUCGAGGUACACGCGAGGCGAUCGCACAACGGCAAACGACCAUUCGCCUGUGAACUGUGCAACAAAACUUUCGGCCACGAGAUCAGCCUCACGCAACACAGGGCCGUACACUCCGCGGAAAAGGUGUUCGAGUGUAAACAGUGCGGCAAGGCUUUCAAGAGAUCCAGCACGCUCAGUACCCACCUCCUGAUCCACUCGGAUACGAGACCGUAUCCCUGCCAGUUUUGCGGCAAGCGAUUCCACCAGAAGAGCGACAUGAAAAAACACACCUACAUACAUACCGGCGAAAAACCUCACAAGUGCCAAGUGUGCGGCAAGGCGUUCUCGCAGAGCAGCAACCUGAUCACGCAUUCGAGGAAACAUACGGGCUUCAAGCCGUUCGCCUGCGAGCUCUGCGGCCGAGCUUUCCAGCGGAAGGUCGACUUGAGGAGGCAUCGCGAAACUCAGCACGCCGACCUCAACGCGUCGCAUCGACCGCCGAUGGCUUCCAUUCCCGGGCAGAAUUCUCUGCCCAGCGGAAAUCCACCGAUGAUGCAGUGAGGCCGCGAGGCAGCGACUGACAAUUCGCCGAGUCUCUGCGGACGAUGAUUGAGGAUCGUCGCGAUUAACGGCCGCUCCACGAAUCAAGGAGUCGGGCUAAUCGUGUCAUGGACUAAUCACUGUGAGAACGAUUCGCCGCUGAAAUCAAGGACGAUGACGAUCGCCAUGACGACCUGCCUGGCGAUGACGGUGCUGCGACGGGAAAUUAGAUGUCGCAGAAAGGAACGCGAGUUGUAAUUGUUUUUGGGAAUUGCGAAUCGUGUUACGACGAGAGAGAAAGAGGGAGGGAGGAAGAGAAAAAGACGUAGCUUGUCGGGAGGUACUGGCGCUGUGCAUCCUCCGAAAGUUGUUUGUCUCUGACGAGUAACCAAUCUGUCAAGACGACCUGUCUGAAUUUAAACAAUCCCGAAAUUCGCAACAACCGUGCAGAAAAAAUCGAAAUAUACAUUCGUCAACACAAGCAAGUGGUUUAGACUGAGAGACAAAGAGAGAGAGAGAGAGAGAGGGAGAGAGAGUCCUGCUUCGAAACUUGAAAAAACUGUCGAAAAGCAAAAUGUUGAUAUCAUCCAACCGCGGGUAAUGUACGAGAUGCAAUCUUUCAUGGGACGAAUGAAACGAACGUACACGAAAUCCGGGGGAGUGAAUUCUCGGGACGACGAGAAUUGACUGGAGGAGGAGCUCUUGUGGCAUUCUUAUCGCGAGGUGUUUCCCUCGAUCUUUUGAUGCUUAGUUAGUGCGAGGAGACUGUAAAAGUUAAUAUUUAUUCGACCGUUUGUUUCGUCGGGGUCGCGUUAGUCUUAGGCGAGUGUCCAACGACCUCGAGGACUCUCGACUCGCGGGAUACACUCGCAGGACGAAUGGUGGUGGUGAUGUGUCGGUGAUUUGUCGCGGCCGGAUAUUCCACGGGGAAGCGUUGCAUCCGUUUCGCUUUCUAAGCAACAGCGAGCACGCCCUGAAGUUUGGUUCCUUCAGCGACUUUUAUUCGGGCAGAAGAACUUUUUGACGAAUCGCUACCUAUAAGUUGCAAAUGCGCAAAAACGCGCAAAAACGUGGGGAUGUGUGGGGCGAGGGGACUGUCGACUGUUUUUGUUACGAGUAACGGCUAGCACUUGCUACUUUAAUCGACGUCCUACCUACUGCUAAUGGAUUACCUGUUACUGUAACUUCUCUUCUUACGUAGAUAUUCUCGCUACACGCGGUGCGGCCUUCAAGCUAGUCAGAUAUUUCGAGGAGAGAGACUCGAUGAACGCGUAAAUGAUUUUAGCAGCUGCGUUCAUAAUCGCAGCGGUCGUUGUAAGAUAAGAUCCCGAAGCAGCACACUGUUAUAAACGGGAAUCCAUUCCAGGCUACACCACCACGUUAUCUUUUGUUGUAUGUCUAAAGGCUCGGUGAUACUCGUGGGUUUUCCAUCCUUCUCGAAAUUAGGAACAGACAUUCGAGUAGCGUGAUCGCCGAAUGGCGUGUAACGUGUCAAAGUACGGCGAGAGCGUACUGUAUUUUGCAUAUCUCCCGCACCUGUCGUUCAAGAAAGGGCGUUGGACCCGAUCCCUGAAGUUGCAACUGUGACCAAAAACUGUAAAUAGCACGUAGACCGUAUCCACGGUUAGUCUAAGCAUAUAAAUAUAUACAUAUAUAAAUAUGAAUA